GUGUAUUCGUGCAGUGCCAUUCGAUGUGUUAUGUUGCAGUUUCUAGCACCAUCUCCAAAGGGAGCAUACGGCGACGCCGAUGAUGAUGAUGAUGAUGGCGAUGCCGACGAUGCUUGUAUCUUCUCAAGAUCUUCGUGCUGUUUUUGCGAAGAAUUCAGAUGGCUUUGGAUCACGAGAGGAAUUAUACCUUCUGGAUCUCAUUUUUCUUGGCAUUACUUGAAGAUCUAAUACGUUCGUCUUCGUGGUUCUGGUGGAAGAUCUGUAUUAUACUGUGUGAUGAUGCGCUGAUUGAGUAGCGAAUUGUUGAUGUGAGAUACGAAGAGUCGAUCGAGUUCCUUGUGAUGUUGGUCUGAGGAACUUCAGACCGCGACAAAUUAAAGAAAGAGCCGGAGAAAAUUCUUCUUUUGCGCUGUAGUUUGUCUACAUUUUCCUUUGCAAAGACCGAUUAUCUUCAACACAAUUAGGUGAAACCGUGAAUUCUGCACAGCGAUUACAACGUUUUUCCAGAGUAAAAUUUCUUGUGCGUGACAUAGUGCGAUUCUUCGAUACGCACGAGAAUGAUAUGAAACUGAGUUGGAAAGGAUGCAUCUUCAUAGAACUUGUUGCAGUUGGGAAUUUCUCACUCCCGUUGAUCUAAAGUAGUUGUCCCUACAAGUACUGCGUAUCCACAUCAACAUAUUAAUAACUACUCGUCGUGUAGGUAUACCGGUAGGACUAAGAAUUGUAGUGUGGUCUUGGAAAAGAUGGUUGCAUCAUCCUUGCCGGGAGGGGGUUGUGGCACGAUAUUUGUGCCAACCGUUGUGCGCCCGGGUGUAGCAGGUUCGCGCCCUGCCUAUCGGCCAUCGUAUCCUUUGACUUCGAGAUCUGAGGCUGAGCACAGCAGAAACAUUACAUUUCUGCACUCGUCGUCGAAUCAAGAAGAUGCUGCUCGCGAUGGAGAAGCUAAUCCUGGAUCUUUUCUUGGCUCAUCGAACAAAGAGGGUGCUGGUCUCGGCUCUUCGGUUUUGAAGAAAGCAAAAAAGAUAACGACAGCUACACCUGGUCGUGAAGCUUCAAAACAAGAAGAGAUGAAGGCCAGCGGAACGGAAAGUCCUGCUGCCAUGAAAGCAACUUGUUCUAGCAAGAAGAAGAAAAAAGGGGGGGGUCUCGACAAAGCGGUCGUCUCUCUGCUGCAACAUGCCCCCGCAGCAAUGGAGUUAGACGAGUCUCUGAUAAAUCUGCGCGAUCAGAUUCAAGUAUUGCAGGAGAAGAAUUCGAGCAACAACUCGCCGCAGCUAGGGGAACAAGAUGAACUCUUAGUGUUCUACGAGGAAGUCGAAAGGGAGAACGGUCGCCGGUCGUUUGAAUUCGUUCAGCGACAGCAUCUUGAUGAUAGUGUUAUGGGCGAGGGGGGUCGUGCUCGAAAGCGAGUUGCGACACCGUUUGAGCAGCUAAGGAUGGUUUUGCCCAGGCUGGUCCUUGGCAAGAAGAAAUCUGCUGAAGCAAACGCAGAAGGUGCUUUACCCCCGUUGGACGUUAGCGCCUCUAUCACAAAGCUGGUGCGAACUGUUUUGAGCCGUUGCAAAAAUGCUUCAUCAUCGCCAUCCACAACAACUUGUACACAAGAACGAGGACCGCCCUCUCCAUUUGCAUCGCGCCUGACACACUUACUAAGCAAAAGUCUCAAACGGAAGCCAUGGCGAGGAGCUCCCAAAUGCGGCAAAGAGUUUUUUCGUUGGGUACAGAGUCUCGACGAACUCUAUUUCGACGAACAGCUGGAAAUACCGAGAGGCAACGUGAAAGACGCCUCGUCGCUCUCCCUCUCACCGCUUCCGCCCCACGCCUUCUAUAAACGACUCAUGUCUGUCGUCCUCACUGACAGUGUGUUGGAGAACAGGAUGCUGAGCAUCACUGACAAGAAGGAUGGGAACAAAGAUGCAGAUCUAGUAGGUUCUGUUUGCCAAGAAAUUCUCUCGGCCACGCUGGGCGACUCGACUACUGCAAUUGUACCAUCCGCACAAAAAUUUUUAAUUCCUGACAUCUUCGGCUGUCUCGUUCCGGAGCUUCAGGAGAGCGAGCCUGUGCCUGAUGCGACUCGCCAUAUAAAUAUUCCUCCACCUGCCAUGGAAUUGGUCGUGAAGAAUCCCCUUGCAGAGUUUUUUCUAGCACGCCUCCAAGAGUUUGCAUUAUACCGCCACAGAAUAAUGGACGAAGCUGAUCAUGCAGGUCCUCCUGCUCCUCGUAAUUCGGUUCAGGUGCUCCGGGAGUCGCAUGCGAAUGUCACGCGCGAUUGGGCAGCUCGUUGCUACAGUUUUGCGGUACCAACGACUGAAGCGGUCGAGGCCAUUUACCGCCAUUUAUCGUCGUUUACUGGUCCUUAUAGGGAUGAAUCGAAUAGUUGCGAAGAGAGUUGCGAACUACAACAGAUGAGGAGGAGCAUGAAGAAGCACCCACCUGCUGCAGG